AUGACAAACGGGGUGCGCAUAGUACCAAACAAGGUAAAACAAGAGCAAAAAAACCAAGAAGAGCAGGAAAGAAAAAAAAACUCUAAAGCUAGCAGUAGUAACGCACACAACACAGACAAGCCCACACCAAAAAAAGAUAAAGAAAAAGCAACAAAAACCCAACAAAAACAAGACACGAAAAAAAA